AUGAGUAAGGAGGACCAAGAAUUACGUCCAGGACGUAAUGAAUCAGUUAUAUCUGAUGGUGAUUAUGAUGAUUUAGAUUAUGAUAGUGGGUUUAGCCGGUCAACUUCUUUGACGCGCUCGAAUUCGUCUAGUUCUGUUUCGUUCAUUGAUUUAACGAAAUUGCUAUUCAUUCCAGACUUUGACUAUGGUAUGCCAUCAAGAAAGACGAUCUCGGACAUGACGGCAAAGACUAAGAAACAAUUUGGAAAGACUAAGAAACAAAUUGAUAUAACAAAGCAAAAAGUGGAUGUCAAUAAGUUCUUGGAUAAAGUCAAUAAACGGCUAGGCAAAUUAGAUGAUUCUCUUUCUGAAAGUUUAAAGAGUUCAGCAACAGAGAAAUUGUUUUAUGCCUUUGCUGUAUUUCUUAUAGGUUUAAUUGGAUUUGUUAUGGGGAAAUAUCCAGAACAUUUCCAUGUUCUUCAUACGGUCAUUUUUUGUAUGUUGAUGCCAAUCCGAUUCUAUACUUAUUUUAAGCAAUCAUUCCAAUAUUAUCUUGCUGAUUUGUGUUAUUAUGUGAAUAUCUUAUUGAUUGCCUUUAUUUGGUGGUUCCCUCAAUCAAAAUCAUUGUUUAUCUCUGUGUUUUCUUUAUCAUUAGGUACCCUUGCGUUUGCCGUGAUUACUUGGAGAAACUCACUUGUGUUGCACUCAAUUGAGAAAACUACUUCAUCCUUUAUUCAUGUCAUGCCUCCCUUCACCAUGUUUGUGCUUGUUCAUGAAAUACCAAAGGAAUUCGCCCAAGUACGGUUCCCAGCUGUGGUCCAGGUGACUAAUUGGAACUUUUACAAUGGAAUUCUCUUCACUUCCAUUUACUAUACUGUUUGGCAAGUGUCUUAUCAUUAUUUUAUCACUAUUCGAAAGAGAGAAAAGAUUAGAAACGGUAAAGUUAAUUCUUUUUCUUAUUUACGCAAACGUAAUAAGGAUACCGUAUUAGGACGUUUUGUUAAUGGUUUACCUUAUGCAUGGAUGCAAGUAUUGGCAUUCACAUUAAUCCAAUUUGGUUAUCAAUUACUUACCAUGAUGUUGUGUCCAAUCUGGUUCAAGUAUAAGUAUGCAUGUGGGUCUUUUGUCUGUUUUAUCUUUAUAUGGGCAGCUUAUAAUGGGGCUACUUAUUACAUUGAUGUCUUUGGGAAACAAUUCAAGAAAGAAGUGGACAUUCUCAGACAAGAAGUGGCAGCAUUACAACAGCAACAGCAGAAUAGUGCUACCUCUUCUCCUGUUCUUAUGCCCCUGACAGAAUCUGUUGAUCUGCUUAUGGUGGAGAAGACAUCAAAGUCUGGUUAG